GGAAUACGAAAGGAAUGAGUGGAUUCCUAAAUGAGAUUCCUAAGUAUAGCAAAGCAAUGAAGAGUAGGACUCGGGCACUGAAAGGCCACUCAUCACUCGAACAAAUUCCAGAGAGAGAGAGAGAGAGAGAGAAAGAGAGAGAGAAACCAAAUUCCAGAGAGAGAAACAGCGCAACACAACACAUUUCACGCCAUCUCCGUCGCUUUUUAGGGUUCCCACUCAUUCAAUGGCCACCGAUGCACAGCCUAGCGCCGCCGCGAAACCCGGGCUGAGGAAGCCGGUGUUCGUCAAGGUCGACAGCCUGAAGCCCGGGACGUACGGUCACACGCUCACCGUGAAGGUUCUGGAGGCGAACGGCGUCGUUCAGAAGGGCGGGUCGGGAUCGGGGGCUCUGAACCCCGCCCGGCAGUCACGCAUUGCUGAGUGCCUAAUCGGGGAUGAGACCGGUACUGUUCUCUUCACCGCGAGAAAUGAUCAAGUUGAUUUGAUGAAGCCUGGUGCAACUAUCAUUCUUCGAAAUGCAAAGAUUGACAUGUUCAAGGGAUCCAUGAGGCUUGCAGUUGACAAAUGGGGCCGUGUCGAGGUCACAGAACCUGGUUCCUUUGAAGUGAAAGAGGACAACAAUCUCUCCCUUGUCGAAUAUGAGCUGGUGAAUGUUGCGGACGAGUGAUUGUGAUCUUUUGGCAGCUAGGAUAUGGAUAUAUAAGAAGACUAGAAACCUAAAAUGCGCAGUAGUAUGUUUUUCCCCACUGAAAGAAUGGAUGGUUUGAAAUUGGUAUGCUAGUUCAAGCUAAAUCCGGCGAAUAUAUAUCUAAUAGUAUGGUGAUAAAAGAAAAAAAUCAUAUCUAAUGGUAUGAUUAUCAUGAAUAGGAUCAGUUUAGAGUGGGCAGGGAAAGCUCAGUUCCUUUUUGUUGUUGGACAUGGAAACGUGAAAGAAAAGUUAAGGUAUCAAUGAUAGGGAUGAUUAUGCUUUAAA